AUGACAGCCGCCAUACCACACAACCACAAGAAUCACAAACACCAUCACCAAGUCACCAUACCACACCACCACAAUAACCCCACCCACACCAGAUCAGUCACCAUACCACACCACCACAUAACACCAUACCACACCAGACCAGUCACCAUACCACACCACCACCACCACCUACCACACCAGACCAGUCACCAUACCCACACACCACCACCACCACCCACCAUACACACCAGACCAGUCACCAUAACCACACCACCACACCAUACCACACCAGACCAGUCACAUCCAUACCACAUACCAACCACAGUCACCAUACACACCAAAGUUCACCCAUAA